AUGACGUGGGCCCACGUGGGGCCUGUGCCCUCCCCCUGUGUGGGCAACAAAGGACAAGCAAGGCUAGAGGUGUGGCAACGAGUGCAUGCAGAGGCAGUGGUGAAGAUGGGAGCCGGCAUGAUACUGAUCUUGGGAGAGUUCUUCUUCUCACCUGGAACCAACCAUUUUCUCCCAAUAGACUGGGAGGACCCUCGGAGGCCUUUCCAGCAUCAUAAUGCAUGGCAGCAUGCCACCAUCAUUGCGUUCUUCCUGCUCAGUGCCCUGGUGGAUCUCACGAGCCAGGUGUGGCUGGCGCAGCUGAGUAUGAAGCUGGAGUGGGUGGCCACAGCCUUGUCCCUUGUUGUGAUAGUGCUAGAAAUGGUGGCCCUCCCUGAGCACAGGAACGCCCUGGAGUUCUGA